GUUGUUGCAAUUACAGUAUUCUGCUUGUUGGGCGUUGCAUUUUAUGCAUUUUUUGCACCUUUCCUUGGAGGACGCAUUUGGGAAUAUGUAUUGGUCGGCACAUACUCUCCUGUGGCGCUUCUGGUUUUCAUACUCUAUGUUCGUUGUACGGCCAUAAACCCAGCAGAUCCUGGCAUCUUGUCAAAGUUUGAUAAAAAGCUAACUCAAAAAAGUAAUCAAAACAAUGCACUGUCGGAGAAGGACCUUUCUGGGAGAUUCGAAGAAGACGGUGCUACUAAUUCUCCAUCGUCAGCUUCCAGAAGUGCCAGAUUGGCUACUAAUUCUAGCUUGAAAGGAUCCACAGGAGGGAGCCAAAAAAUAGAUAUUACAGGAGAACCUGUUUUGAGGAAAUCUUCCUGUUCCUUUGGGGGAAUCUUCUGUGCUUUGUUCGUGCAUGAAGAUUGUCGUAAACAAGAUGCGAUUGUUGGACAGCAGGGUGGCGGAGAAGAUGCUUUGUUCUGCACUUUAUGUAAUGCUGAGGUUCGCAAGUUUAGCAAACACUGCAGGAGCUGUGAUAAAUGUGUAGAUGGUUUUGAUCACCACUGUCGGUGGCUUAACAAUUGUGUGGGCUACAAAAAUUAUUUUACUUUCAUUGCUCUCAUGGCCUUCAGUCUGGUUUGGCUUGUCAUGGAGGCUGGAGUUGGUAUAGCUGUCUUCGUUCGGUGUUUUGUCAAUAAGAAAAGCAUGGAGGCUGAUAUUGUCGACAGACUUGGAAAUGGUUUUUCACUAGCACCUUUUGCAUCUGUUGUGGCCGUAUGCACUGUUGUUUCGGUGUUGGCUUGUGUACCCCUAGGUGAACUCUUCCUUUUCCACUUCAUACUCAUGAGAAAGGGUAUCACCACCUAUGAGUAUGUCGUGGCCAUGAGGGCAAUGAGUGAGGCUCCUGCGGGAGCAUCCAUGGACGAAGAGCUGCCGAAUGUGUUGUAUUCUCCUUCUGGGGGAUCAACCACCACGGGCAUGAGUGGGGCCAGUUCUCAUGGCCUGCAAUAUAAAGGUGGCUGGUGCACACCACCGAGGGUAUUUGUUGACUAUCAGGAUGAAGUCAUGCCACAAUUAGAGCCUGGGAUGGUCCCGUCAACGGUGGACCCUGAUGCAGCUGGGCCUGGAGGGCCAAGGGUCCCAAGACGGCCCGUCCGAAUCAAUCCCUGGAAGCUGGCGAAGCUGGGUUCAGAGGAUGCCAUAAGGGCAGCAGCCAAAGCCCGAGCAUCAUCCUCAGUCCUGCGUCCCGUCGAUAACCACCGGAACCCCCCAGCAAACUUUCCUGAUGUUAGCUCCAGUGGCAACAUGAGCGUCAGAAGUAGUGUGAGUACCGAGACGGGGGCAAAUAGGGAGAUCAAGAAUGAGAUGAGGUUGCCUUCCUUCAGAAAUUCUUCAGCCCCAAGCCAGGGUAGCCGAGACGAGUAUGAGACGGGCACUCAGAGUGUAAGCAGCUUCAGCAGCCCUAGUCAUGUUCACGAAUCCAUCUCGCUCAGUCCUCUACCACAAGCCUAUGGUGGUUACACUGCCUCAGGUCCCCCUGCCAAUGUUCAAGAUCAUGCGUUUACUAACACUUCAACCUAUCGUAAUACUGGUAACUUAGUGACUAAUACUUCAUCCGGGUUCGAUGAGAGAAUCAUGCAUGAGGGGAGUAGCACGGAUCCCCUGUUGCUCUCGGCCUCGGCAACUUCUUUCCUUAAGGAUGUUAAGAGGACAUCUGUUGUUUGGGACCCAGAAGCAGGAAGAUAUGUAUCAGUCCCCGUUUCAGCCUCGGAUACUAGGAACAGGUCGUCACUACAACUGGGACUUCCAAGCACUAAAGUGGAGAAGGGUAGUUAUGGAAAGAAGCCAUUUUCAUCCCAGCAGGAACCUACUUCCUCUUCGGGACCGACGUCUAUGCUGCCUCAAACAGAGAGACUGACAUACACAGGAGACUCCAUUUUCUUCAGUGGUCCAUUACUGAAGGUGGCAGCUCGGGACAGCAUUAGGAGCGAAAGGAGUUCAGGCUCAAGAGAAGGGCAUGAAAGGGUAGGAUUGAACUUGCUGCCACGGGAGUCUAGAUUCAAGAGGGACUCGGCUUCGAACCAACUCCCAGUGUUUACUCCUGCAGGCUUGGAGCACAAUUAUCCCCCAUCAGGGUCCACCUUGAAGUAGCACUGGAAGCGCUUUGCCUAUAUCAUCCUAAAACAACUUCUGGGGUGUCGAGGAUAACCAUCCCUUAUCGGGGUCCACUUCGAAGCAGCACUGGUGCUUCCAUGGAGUUCUGGGAAGUGUAUGUAUAGUACCCCUCUCCACGAUUCAUCUUGUUUUUGCCAUUGUUUUGUUGGAUGCUAGUGUAACGAGAUUUUUGUGAGGUUUUCUGUACUGUUAGCGAGAGAUUCGAUGCUUCUGACUGGAGUUCCUAAUCAGAGAAUGUACUUCAGCUUUCAAGAACAUUAUGCCCCCCUCCUUCUGGACGUAUAAAUCUCUUCAUUUGCAUC